UUGAGACUAUUCAUGCCGACGUCCUCGUCUUAUGUUUAUUGGUAGGACUCUGCUGAAGGUGUUACAUUACCCUGAAGAAACGAAACAACCAUUCUGAUGAAUGAAAGGACCAAUUAAUCCCUAAAAGAUAUCAGUUUUCUCCAUGAAAAUCACGCACCUUGAAUAGAUAAUCUAUCAUCCGUCACCUUUAUGCUACUUCCCUCACCCAUUAAAUAAACAAAAUAAAAAGUUAAUUAGUCCUAAGAAAAAUCCGGGACUACGGCCCUUAGAUACAGAAAAAAGUUAAUUAGCCCUCAGAAAAAGCCGGGACUACGGCCCUUACGUCUGCUGAAACAAUAUGUAGCCUUACAUACAAUGGACUAAGUCCACCGUGAAAUGAAGUCUCGCCCAGUUCUCUUCAUAUUAAAGGAACCAAGUGGUCAGUAAAUCCGCUGGCCAGACACAGUUGUAAUCUUCUCAUUUUGUACCUCAACAAUGACAAUUUCUAUCCAUUCGGCUGUCUCCUUCGGGGUCCUGGUUCUAGCCGGGCUCUGCUACGUCACGUCUCAAGUUACCGACGUUUGGAUGGAAAGUGAUGGUCUUCUGUCUUUGGGAGUUUGGAAUUUCUGUGUCUUCAGCACCGAUACACAUUCUUGGAGUUGCGAAAUCAACUUUUCUGGAUUCAACAUGGCAUCGCAGACAUUCUCCAUUUUGGCUUUACUCUGCUACCUCAACGCAUUCUUCCUCUACACAUUGUCUAUGGCGUGCCGUUCGUUGCAGAAAUGCCGACCAAUCAUAACUGGAAUAUCUUGCCUGGUCUUUUUCAUUGUGAGUCUCCAAAUCAUGACAAUGAUUGUGUUCUCCGUAAAAGUCCAUCAUCACACAGAUGAUGUCACGGAACUUCAUCUGGGCAAGGACGAGAAACGACUUCCGCUAAGACUCUCAUGGUCUUUCACGGCCGCCAUUGUCUCCACGAUUCUAUCAACCAUUAGUGGAGUCUGCAUCUCCAUAGAACUCAGAAAUAUUAUCGUCGAAGACUUUCAGUGAACAUUCGCAUGGCCCUUUUGUGAACUAGGC